UGAUACCUGGAGCGUUUAAAUCUAACUACUUCCGCCGGAAACACGACUUUCCAUUUCCUGCUUGCUGCUUCGGGUGCUAAGUUGCGGUGUGUAGAAAGCGCAGAUAUGUCUCACACAAUCCUACUCGUACAGCCCACCAAGAGACCCGAGGGCCGGACCUAUGCAGACUACGAGUCGGUGAAUGAAUGCAUGGAAGGGGUUUGCAAGAUGUAUGAAGAGCAUCUGAAGAGAAUGAACCCCAACAGCCCAUCCAUCACGUAUGAUAUCAGCCAGCUGUUUGACUUCAUUGAUGACCUGGCAGAUCUUAGCUGUCUGGUGUAUCGCGCAGACACUCAAACAUAUCAACCUUACAACAAAGACUGGAUAAAAGAGAAGAUCUACGUGCUCCUACGCCGACAGGCCCAGCAAGCAGGAAAAUAAGCCGAAUGUUUUAAAGAUGAAAGUAGUGGGAGUUUUGUUUUGUAUUAUAGUGGUUUGUCUUUUGUUUGAACUAUAGGGGCCUUGAGUGAUUUAGACCAAUGUUGGAUGUUAUAUGUAUAAUGCUUUUUUUUCUAUAAAAGAAAUAUUGAAUCAUAUUUGAAUCAGCAAAGACCAAGAAGCAGAGCCUGCCUGGUGGAAACAUUAACCAGUCAGGCCCCAACUACUGUAUUCUGCACACUAUAGUGUGACUGGUGGUCUGCACAGUGCAUUCACAGACACUCUUUUGGCAGGAUAAACCAUGCCCUAAAAUUUUAGUGGAAAAAAUAAAUGCUUGAAUAGAUUCUUA